AAACUUACAUCUCAAAUGUAGCGGGUCAUUUUCUCGCGGCUAAACUGAAAAGAACAAAAAGAGCGGCGAAUAAACAGCCAAUGAUACGAACACGUGGUGCUCCAACAUUGUUUGAACGAGGUCUCAGCAGAAUAAACCGUUCCUCUUCAAACUGAUCACUCUCUUUUAUUCACUUCAUCACUCACACGUACAAAUGUAAUAUCACCUGCACCGAGUUUGUCACUCUGAUCACACUAAUGGCUUCUAGAAGGUUCCUCUCCUCCAUGCUCCGCUCAUCCUUACGUCACUCCUCCUCAAAAUUAAGCCCUAUUCACCGCCCUUCCCCUGCCGGCCACCUUCUCCACCGCGCCGUCAACUACGCCACCGCUGCGGCGGCGAAGGCGGCAGCGCCACCACAGAAAAAAUAUGUUCCUCCGACGGUUAAGGAUACCGGCGGUAAGGUCACCGAUCAGUACACCGGCGCCGGUGCAAUUGGGAGUGUAUGUCAGGUGAUCGGUGCUGUUGUGGAUGUUCGGUUUGAUGAAGGGCUGCCGCCUAUUUUGACGGCGUUAGAGGUGUUGGAUAAUGAUAUUAGACUGGUACUUGAGGUAGCUCAACAUUUGGGAGAAAAUAUGGUUAGGACUAUUGCUAUGGAUGGUACCGAAGGGCUUGUGCGUGGUCAAAGAGUCCUCAAUACUGGAUCACCUAUCACAGUGCCUGUUGGCAGGGAUACACUUGGUCGUAUUAUGAAUGUCAUUGGAGAGCCCAUUGAUGAAAGGGGUGAUAUAAAAACGGAACAUUUUCUCCCGAUUCACCGUGAAGCUCCAUCUUUUGUUGAGCAAGCAACUGAGCAACAGAUCCUUGUGACUGGAAUCAAGGUGGUGGAUCUACUAGCUCCGUAUCAAAGAGGUGGAAAGAUUGGACUUUUUGGUGGUGCAGGUGUUGGAAAGACAGUGCUUAUUAUGGAGCUUAUUAACAACGUUGCGAAGGCUCAUGGUGGUUUCUCAGUGUUUGCUGGUGUUGGUGAACGUACUCGGGAGGGUAACGAUUUGUACAGAGAAAUGAUUGAGAGUGGUGUUAUUAAGCUUGGUGACAAGCAGGGUGAAAGCAAAUGUGCGUUGGUAUAUGGUCAGAUGAAUGAACCUCCUGGUGCUCGUGCUCGUGUUGGGCUCACUGGGCUGACAGUUGCCGAACACUUCCGAGAUGCUGAAGGACAAGAUGUGCUCCUUUUCAUUGACAAUAUUUUUCGCUUCACUCAAGCCAACUCUGAGGUGUCUGCUCUGCUCGGUCGUAUUCCCUCUGCCGUCGGUUACCAGCCAACUUUGGCUACAGAUCUUGGAGGGCUUCAAGAGAGGAUUACUACGACCAAGAAGGGUUCUAUCACAUCAGUCCAAGCUAUCUAUGUGCCUGCUGAUGAUUUGACUGAUCCAGCCCCUGCUACCACCUUUGCUCACCUUGAUGCUACAACUGUGUUGUCUCGGCAGAUUUCUGAGCUUGGUAUUUAUCCUGCGGUGGAUCCUUUAGAUUCUACGUCCCGUAUGCUUUCUCCUCACAUCCUAGGUGAAGAUCAUUACAACACUGCACGAGGUGUACAAAAGGUUCUCCAGAACUACAAGAAUCUCCAGGAUAUUAUUGCCAUUCUGGGAAUGGAUGAACUGAGUGAAGAUGACAAAUUAACUGUUGCUCGUGCACGUAAAAUUCAGAGGUUCUUGAGCCAGCCUUUCCACGUUGCAGAAGUAUUUACUGGUGCCCCUGGAAAGUAUGUGGAGUUGAAAGAGAGCAUCCAAAGUUUUCAGGGUGUCCUGGAUGGGAAAUAUGAUGACCUAUCAGAGCAAUCGUUCUACAUGGUUGGGGGUAUAGAAGAAGUCAUUGCUAAGGCUGAGAAGAUAGCAAAGGAGUCAGCUAGUUGAUUAUUUAGCUGCAGUUUCUUGUUUCUCCUUUUGUUUUGUUUUUCCUAUUUGGAUAGAUAGCUCAUUAAAUGGUAGAGAGACUGGAGAUGCUCAAACGGCUUUUUAGUUCUUAUAAUUUAGUCUACACUAAGCAUUGGUUUAAUUCUCUUCUCCUCGUAGUUUUCUAGCUAAGUUGAUUUGAAAUGAGUUACAGGAUGUUAGAAGCUCAUUGCUUCUUUUCCAUGAUGCUCUUCAAUACUAUGGAUCAAUGUGUUUUGACC